ACGUUUUUAUAUUUUUCACGGAUCCCUAAAACCGAUAAUUUAUUUUAUAGGAACGCAUCCAUAACAUAAACAACGAAUGCUAUCUACCGCAAAAUGAAACGUCAGUUGUCAAAUGCCGAGUGAUACUCGAUGUCACCCGUGCGACAUAAAAUUAUUUUUUAUAAUAAUUCGAACCGUUUUAAACAAUAAAAUAACACUUUAUUAUAUAGCCGAAUAAGUUACCAAUGAGUAACUUAAAAUCCCUUCGGCUAAAUGACGACGAAUUGACAUCACCAUCCUCAGAAGAAAAGAUGGACACAGGCACCGAGUCCUUCCGGUCCCAGGAUACCCCUAACUCUGGUCUCUCCUCCGACUUCGAGGCAGACCAUCCCGAAGCCGAGCCCCCAGUGUUGAGACUACAGAACCCGGAAAUACUCAGACUGUCCGAAUCAGAGGCUUUGAACGAUAGCCUUAUCUCCAAAAUGUCCAAUUUGAAUCUUAACUCCUCAAAAACAGAAUUCAGACCCAAAAAUCUAGGUAUAAGUCCCCCGAAGUUCUCCUCAACCCUGACCCUCACAACCAAUCAUCCACUAAUGUCUCCAGAUGAAAAUUAUCCAGACUUAAUACCAAAGAAACUGCACAAAAUCGAUGAUGAGAAGGAUCUUAGUCUGUCGAGUAUAGAAGAUGAACGCCCCAGUGAAAAUAAUGGCUUCUACAGCCCUCAGCGAAACACCUCAAAAAACAACUUAUAUUUUACUGAAACUUACGUCACUGCUGAAAGUUUGGACUUGGAUCUGAAGGUCCCUCCUGAUGUGGCGAGGGUCGAGAGGGGUGAGAGACGGAAGAUAGUUCCGAAGCUGAGGGAUGGAACUCCUCAGAAGGAUGGGAUGAGGGGGUUUCUUGAGGAUGGUAAGCAGAAUAUGCAGAGUACGCCGAAAUCUUUGCCCGUCGAUAUAAGUGGGAACGAGGAGUUUCAUUCGGUGGCGGAGUGGUGCGAGUCUCCGUCGCAUCUCCGUUCGAUGCCCAACUUUGAGCUUCCCAUAGAGAUGUCCAGUAGUAUUGGACUUCACAAUGACUUGGAGUCACCAGACGUGAUAUCAGCCUCGACGCAGGAGGACAGGUCCGCGUACCAAGCCCUGCUGGACCCUUACACCGGGAGCGUCGCGCUGAGGCACACGCCCGCACACCGAAGCCCUAACGCGCAGAGGAGGAAAAUACAACUGCCUCCAGAAGAGGACAGAUGCAGCCUGGACAGCGUGAGCGCCUGCUCCAUGGAGUCGGAGGAGGAGCCUCCAGAACCUCAGGACCUGGAGCCGCCCGUCAACCAGCACCUGGUGCUCAGCGAUGAUGAGGGCAGCAAGAUCUCCAAGUCCACAAACACCCUGUCGGAGUGCAGCGACCCCAUCCCGGAGUACUCCGCAGCAGAGGAGUUCAGCAACGAGCGCGCCUGGCUCAGUGUCCCGCGUCCAGGGGGACACGUGUCCUGUGAUAUGAAGGUAAUAGAGCCGUACAAGCGCGUGAUAUCGCACGGCGGCUACGACGGCGGCGGCGCGGCGCUCAUCGUGUUCAGCGCCUGCCACCUGCCCGACAACGCGCGCCCCGACUACACCUACUGCAUGGACAACCUGUUCCUCUACGUGAUCUGGAGCCUGGAGCGGCUGGUGACGGACGACUACGUGCUGGUGUACCUGCACGGCAGCGCGGGCCGCCGCCGCCUGCCCAGCUUCCACUGGCUGCACGAGUGCUACAAGCUCAUCGACAGGAGACUUCGGAAAAGCUUGAAACACCUGUAUUUAGUUCAUCCUACGUUCUGGUUGAAAUCCUUUGUCAUAUUGACCAAGCCAUUUGUAAGUUCAAAAUUCUUUCGCAAGUUGUCAUACGUUCGGAGUUUAUCGGAGCUGAUGCAGAAGGUGCCGGUCGAGCCGAAUGCUAUACCGGAGAUCGUGAAACAAUAUGACGCGACCAGGCGAUAGAUACGGUACGAGAGAGUAGGAGGUAAGGAGGGGCUGGAGAGAGGGUCUUGUUUCGUUUUGGAGGUCGUUUUUUGUUAAGGUAGGAUUUAAGAGAGGAAAUGUUUUUUUUUAUAUUCUUGGAAUUAAUUUCUUUCGUAAACGAUUGUAAUAUUUUGUAUCUUAUAUUAUGAUCUUAUUGUCAAGUAUUUGUUUUAAAUAUAAAUGAAUCUGGUUCUUUUUUCCAUUUGAAUAUUGCUUUUUUCUAAAAUAAUCUUAGAAAAAAGUAAGACUGAAAAUGACAACCCCUAAGGUUGUCAUUUUCAGUUAAACUAGAAACAGCUUUAAAAUCGAAUUAAUUUAGUUGCUUCUUGAUAUUAAUAUAAAAGACCUUCAGAAGAAAUAAAUCUCUCUUUCUAGUGUUAAUAUAUCUAAAUUAAAAAAAAAACUACCAAACAUUAUUUGAGUAUUUUCUACUAUAUGUAUAACAGUUUUUGACCAUAUAUGCAGUUAUAAAACAAUUUGACAAUGGAUCAAACCGUUUUGUUCAAACAUUAGGUUUUUGUUUGAACCAAACACAAUAUAUAAUAUAUUUAACAUAAUAUAUCCUGGGACAGCCCACACACGGUUAUCUGAUCCCAAGCUAAGCAGAG